AGAGCAGAUAAGGCUAUGUGCCACUUCGCCAGUUAUCGCUAUAGGUGUAAAACUUAGGUGUAAACCUAUCCAGGUUCUAUCACAGACUAUAACUCUCGUAGUAAUUGUCAUUUGUUGUUAUUUAAAUAUUUAAUAUUAUUUAAAUUUUUUCUGUAGUUCUGCACUAUUAACACAGAUUUUUAUUUCCGUUUUGCUUAAUUACUUUAUCUACCUAAUUUAAUUGAAGUUAACUAUAAAUUUAAAUUAUUUUAUUAAAAUGUAUUAGGUACGUUUAAGUAAUUUAAACGUGUAUCAAAUAUUCAUUGUCAUUUUAUUUAUCCAAACUACUAGUACUAAUCAUCAUGAAACUCAGUAUUUUCACUUUAAAUAUAUGGGAUUUGAAAUUUGCAUCUAAAGAUCGUAAAGCUCGAGUAAAGGCAUUAGCUGACAGUUUAACAAACAGUGGAUAUGAUGUUGUGUGUCUACAGGAAUUAUGGUGUGAAGAUAAUUACAAAUAUAUAAAGGCAUCUUGUAAUAAUGUAUUUAAAUAUAUGCAUUAUUUCCACAGUGGCAUGUUAGGAUCUGGAAUGUGUAUCAUGUCACGUUAUCCAAUAAUUGAUGUCCAUUAUCACUCAUUUAUGUUGAAUGGUUAUUUACAUAUGUUUUGGCAUGGAGAUUGGUUUGGUGGAAAAGGCAUUGGGCUAUGUCGUAUCAAUGUCAAAGGCUUUAUUGUAGAUGUUUACACUACACACUUACAUGCUUGUUAUAAUGCAUCAAACGAUAAAUACAUUAUUCACAGAGCAUUGCAAGCUUAUGAAACUGCUAAUUUCAUACGUAUUACAUCUGCUGGUUCUGAUUUAGCAGUAUUAGCUGGUGAUCUCAAUUCUAGUCCUAAUGACAUCUGUUAUAAAUUAAUAUGUUUAGGUGCAAACAUGGUCGACUCAUAUUCUACGUGUUUAAACAAUAGUAUUGAAUAUACUUUCUCUCAUCCUAAAAAUUCAUACAAAGAUGCAAAUGAAGUAAAUGAUCGUAUCGAUUAUAUACUGUACAAAUUUAAUAAACGGAAUUUAGUAGUUGUUAAUGAACACAGACAUUCAUUACCACAUCGCGUUCCUGAACAAGAUUUUAGUUAUUCAGAUCAUGAACCAAUUGAAGCAGUAUUUGAUAUAUCAGUAAAUGCAUUAAAUAUUGAAAAAAAUACUGAAAUUAAUACAGGGUUAAUAUUUGAAAACGAAUUUCUAAACGUUAUAAAUACUAUUCUGGACAUCUGCAACGAAAAGCAAGUAAAAAACCCAUUAAUAUCAUUAUGGCAUUGUGUAUUUGUAAUAAUUUGUUUAAUGCUAAGUAUGUAUCUGCAACCAGUCCCAUAUACUAAUAUUGUUGUUUUUAUUACAUUACCUAUUUUCAUUAUCAUGUGGGUUUAUAACUUAAUUUUAAAAUGGAAAGAACAAAAUUGUAUUCGGAUUUUUUCAUCAUAUAGAAACAUUAUUUUGUAAUCAAUAACAUAGAAUUUGUUUUCACAAUUUAAGUCAUUAACUAAUUACGUGACAACUUUUAUUGUAAUGAAUUUUUUUGAAAUUAAAUGUCUGUAUUAUUGUUGAAAAAAAAAGAUUUAAAUAUUAAUUAGAAUAAAAGUUAUUACAUAGACACUAAGUUAUUUAAUACAAUUUUUCAAUUGUUUCUGUAUAUCCUGUUUAUUCAUGUUUUUUUCUUCUUUUUAAACUCUUCUAUAAGAUUUUAAGACUAUUAACAUUUAACUCUAUAAAAUCAAAAGAGAGUAAAUAGGUAUACCUCCUAAUUACCAAGAAGUGUUGAUGCCUGUUGCUUAAAUCUAAAUCAUUAUCAUUCCUUAACUCUGAAUUAACACUCAUUGUUAUUUUAUGUUAUUAAUAUAUAUAAUGUUUUUCAAGUCAAUAUUUCAGUUUAAUUUAUAUUUUAUAUUUUAUAACUCUAACUUACAAUUUAUAAAUCUAGAUUUACUUUUAUUCAAAAUUGUUUAUAACAGUGGUUUUCAACCUUCUGGGGUGCACGGUUCCUUUUGAUUUUGAAAUCAAAUAUACAGCUCUCAUACGAAUAUCGAUAGUAAUUACUUAUUAGUGGUAAUAGAAAAUGCCUUUUUAACAAUUUUAUUUUUAGUUUCUACUGUGGCUCCCUUGAUAAUAAUUCCAAUGCAUUUGCAUUUUUUUUUAUUUUUUUUUUUUAAUAUCUUACACGAUGUUUUCUAAGCUACAAAUGUGUUUCAAGUACUCUGUGUUCUAACCUCAUAAUUUUAUUGGGGUUUUUUUGACGUUUUUAAUUUUUUAGGACAUUUUUGACCUAUUUCUUGUAUUAUAACUAAAAAAUUGACUUCCUUCUUGGAAUGUAAGUACUACAUAAUAUAAGUUAUUUUCAUUUUGAACUUAACAUCAGGUAAUCCAGUUUUAAAUUAGACAAGGCUAAAAUUUAUCUUUAUGUCACGCCAUCCAACUAGCCAAAUGUAAUUUCAUUUUUUAUUCAUUUUUUUAGAUAAUAAUUUAAAUAAUGCAUUUUUUGAAAGGGAAUUUUUUGGUAUUUUUACUGGCAUUUGACGCACAGGUUGAAAACUGCUUGUUUAUAAUAUAUUUUAUAGUUAUGAUUUAUUGUGUAAUAAUUUAUAAUAAUAUUGUUCUUCUCUUUUGCCAGUAUUGCAUGAUACAUACCAAUUGGCAAUUACAUAAUAAAUGUGAAUAAAUAUUGUUAAA